UCCAUAUUAGUGGCACUGAGACAUCGACGCUCCACUUGCUUUUACUUUGACCAACAUAGCCGCUGCGCUGUCAUACUUUUACAUACGAUUUGACAAGGAAUAGUUAAACGUAGUCAAAGCUGCUUUUGUAGGAGUGCGACUCGAAGUGAAAAAAUACGUUCUCUAGUUGAAGUACAAUAGGUUGCAUUUAAUAUUAGGUUGACAGACUAGCAGACAGUAGUAUAUUAUUAAAAUACUUCGCAAGAAUCUUUGUGGACGUAGGCUACUUCAGUUUUUCUCUCAUCUCGAACUAAUUUGGAAAAAUCAGGUGUGAAGAUGGAAAAUGUUACUGAAGCGCAACAGAAUCAAACUUUGGUAAUUUGGAUGGAAGAAGGAAUCGAAUACAAAGUGGUGAGCACUUUCGUUGUUUUUGUCAUAUGCGCCUUGGGAAUCGUUGGUAAUGGUAUGGUGAUCAUGGUGGUGCUUACUACUAAACACAUGAGGACACCCACCAACUGCUACCUGGUGAGCUUGGCCUUGGCAGAUCUCAUCGUUCUCACUGCAGCGGGCUUACCAAAUAUCACAGACAGCAUUUUCGGGACUUGGGUGUACGGCCACUCGGGAUGUCUUUGUAUAACCUACCUUCAGUACUUGGGAAUCAAUGCAUCAUCGUGCUCUAUCACUGCCUUUACCGUCGAAAGGUAUAUUGCCAUUUGUCACCCUAUAAAAGCCCAGUUUCUAUGCACGCUGUCCAGAGCCAAGAAAAUAAUUUUGUAUGUCUGGGUUGUCACCCUACUUUACUCCGUCAUGUGGUUAUACCUGUCAGAUGUCAAAGAAGUAGUCUACGAGAACGAAGUGACUAUCGUGACAUGUGGCUAUAAAGUUACAAGACAACUCUAUUUGCCCAUUUACUUCUUGGACUUCAGCAUUUUUUUUGUUGUGCCGCUUAUGCUGGCCAGCAUUCUGUACAGUCUGAUCGCAAGAAUCCUCAUCAUGAAUCCGUUACCGUCUGACCACAAGGAACAACUAAAAGAUGGACACACCAACACUGCAACUCGUUGUAAAAACUCCCGCCACAGCACUACUGCUGCUUCUCGGAGGCAGGUGACCAAGAUGCUGGCUGUGGUGGUGAUAUUGUUUGCUGUUCUGUGGAUGCCCUACCGCACCUUGGUGGUGAUCAACUCCUUCUUGGAGCAGGCCUACAUGGAUACCUGGUUUGUCCUGUUCUGCCGAAGCUGCAUCUACCUCAACAGUGCAAUCAACCCUAUCAUCUACAACGCAAUGUCACAGAAGUUCCGCGCUGCCUUCCGCAGGCUCUGCCUCUGCAGGCGAACAGGGUCUGAGAAGCCAACCAUUGGCGCAUACAGUGUGGCACUCACAUACAGUGCAGUCAAAGACACAUCUAUGGUGGAGACUACAGACCAAUUCACCACACAGCUGGAUGAGAUCAUAGUCACUGAGGACCUAUUGCCUGACAAGAAGAUGCUGUUUCAGGACACCUGUGUCCACAACAAGGUGACUUUUAGCAAUGACUGAUACUAUAAUGUCUGUGUUUGGUGCUCAGUCACUGAACAGCUCUUACAAAACUUUGAGGGACUGAAGUGUUUUGUGUGAACAGUUCACAGUUGAGAGUUGUCACAUCUGAAGACAGUGUCAUGUGUGAAGGCCAGGACAUAUUCAAGUGUGAGAUCCACUGUCUCUAUGUCUUAAGAAAGAGAUUCAAAUUUCAAGAAAUAAAUCUCUUAUUAAAUUACAUUUAGAGCAGUUCACUAGGAAGUGCUGUUCAUUUUCUCUUCCACUGACGCACAGUGUUUACAGUCUUUCUUUUUUGACCAUCCAUACUCAAAGUUUAUCCAUUUGAACAUUAUUUAAAAAAUGUGAAUGUAUCUUUAUCUUAAAUGUUUUAUAUUGAGGACACGAUCGUGUCGACCAUAACAUUAUUGUGCAAUGUAAAUAAAUACGUAUUUGUUCAGAAAGAUUGCAAUUUUAAAAGGAAAACUUGUAAAGAUUAACAUUUUAGGAACUAAACCAUAACCUCAAACAGUUGUGCCUAUUUAGGAUUAUAAGUGUGUUAAGAUUUUAAACAAUGACUAUGUAUUCAUAUUUAUUAUGACUUUUUUGCUUGUUUGCUAUUUAUUGUAGUGGA